CUACGGUCUUCGGGAGACAGCAUCGAAGGGUAGACGAGAAUGCAUGGUUCGUGUCGUAUCGACGUUUCGGAAGAGCUCGGUCGCUAUGCAUUGACCGAGCAGUGUGCAUGUGCGAUAGUUGCGUAGUGACGAGCUUGGUUUGUCCGUGUUCCGAUCGUCAUAUUCGAACCUAUCUGUGGCUGGCUUAGAUACGUUUCUGUUACCUUGGGACAGCUUGUGUUUGAUCCAAACGGGAUUUGAACAAGGUUUUAUCUCGAGAACAUAUGUCGCGACAUUCUUUUGACCAAGCACUAUUUGUCGCGGAAAAACACUCAUACUUGAAUUCUGCGGAGAUUUAGAUGUUAACUUCGUCGUAACCGUUUUCGACCCCAACAAUAGGUUAAUUUUUAACUUUCACAAAUAAAAUGUUCCUGUAAAAUAAAAAUAAAAAUCUUUUGAGAAUAUUUCUUUUUAGAGGCAAAAAUAGAGGAUCACAGUGUAUUUUUAUGAUAGAGUGACUCUCUUUUAGAAGAAAAGAAAAAAUGAAAAAUACAUUAGAAAUGAUCUAAGAUAUAUAUUCAAAGACGGCAGAGUUGUGUUUGACAUUAUGUUUGUCAUAUCAAGUACUUAAGAUUAACUUCUAUGGGCAUUCUCAACUUGAAAGAAAAAGUAUACCAAGCAAAAUAGACAAGUGGUGUAAUCAAUAAUUAAUUUGUUGAGUUAGAAAUUGUCUUCAAGAAUAAUUUAAGAACGUUGGGGUAAGAAUUGGUCUAAAGAAUAAACUUUGUUCAAUUGUCUUAGUCUUGAGGAAGAACGUACGCGGUCUUUCGAAUUGGUUAGGGUAUAAAUAACUGCACGUCAAACAUUUUAUUUGUUGCAAAUUGAUAAGGAAAAGUUCAGUCAAAGUAACAACAAACUCCAAAAGAAAAACCUAACAAAAAAGUUCAAGAUGGUGACAACUUCUUCAUAUUCCAACGUCAACGUAGGACCAGAAGUGUUCAUCAACUUCCGAGGAGAAGAGCUGCGAGAGAAUUUCGUCUCCCAUCUCUAUAAGGCAUUGCGCCAGAGUGGGAUCAAUGCUUUCAUAGACUCUGAUAUGGUUCCGGGCGAUAAACUCAUAACCCUUUUCAAAACAAUCGAGGAGUCCAAGAUAGCGUUGGCGAUUUUAUCGAGCAAGUACACGGCGUCACAAUGGUGUCUGGAGGAGCUGGUGAAGAUAAUGGAAUGUAGCACAAAUGGGGAAGGAUGCAAAAAUCUAGUGGUCAUUCCAAUCUUCUACAAGCUGUCUACAUCUAUCGUCGAUAAGCUUGAAGGUGAAUUUGGUGUUAACCUAUUGAAUGUGUGGAGGGAACCAGGUGGUGCACGAGACAGCCGGAUUGUGAAGUGGAAUGCGGCUUUGCAGGAUAUGCUGAGCAGAGCGGCUUUGAUAUAUGACGGAAGCAUGUACGAGAAUGCUUUCGUGGCUAGGAUCGUUGAGAAGGUAAAUGAUGCCCGAUCCCUAAUUUGGUCGCAAAGUCAAGCAAACCCUAACUUACAAAAGAGAGGAGUAGAAGAAAUCCCUAACCCUCCAAAAUUCUAUAACAUAGCAUUAAGCAGUGCUGAACCAGGAGAACAACGCCUGAAACAGUUGGAGGAGAAGUUGCAUAUGGACUCAUUGGACUGCAAUGAAGACGAAACUCGUGUUCUUGGAAUUUUCGGGAUGGCUGGUAUCGGCAAAACCUAUCUCGCGAAGAAACUCUUCUUCAAGCUUGAGACGAAGCUUUGCCGUGCCUUGAUUAUUGAGUUCGACUGCGAUAACUCGAAUCAAUUGGAGAAGAGACUCGUGGAAGGUUUAUUGAAGAAAGAUUAUCCCAGUUUAAUAUUCGCUGGUGAGAAUUCACUUGAAGACUGGAAGAAUCUUCUAAUCGAGAAGAAAGUCGUGGUUGUAUUCGAUAACGUUAGUGACAAGAAACAUUUGGAGCCGCUAAUGGGGAACUGUGACUGGAUUAAGAAGGGGAGCAGGAUCGUUAUCACGACACGGGACAAGUCAUUGACCGAGGGAUUAACUGUAUCUGAUCUCUACGAGGUUCCUGGACUGAAUGAGAGAGAGGGUUUAGAGCUCUUCAAGGCUCAAAUCGGCACUACUCUUGAGGGGAACUACCUGGAGCUGUCGAGAAAGUAUGUAGAUUAUACAGGAGGCAACCCAUUAGCUCUUGAGGCAUUCGGUGAGGAGAUUCGUGGGAAAGACGAGGAUCACUGGGAAGCAAGACUUAGAACACUCUCAAAAGUUUCCAGUGAGAAGAUUGGGAAGGUGUUGAGAACCUGUUUCGAUGGACUAAACCAGAAGCAGAAAGAUGCGUUUCUUGAUAUAGCCAUUUUCUUUAGAUCAAAAGAUGAUGACUACAUCAAAAGCUUACUUGAAUCUUUUGACCCUGACACAUCAAAAGCUGGGAAUAAUUUUAGAGAGCUUUUAGACAAGUUCUUGAUUGGCGUAUCGGAUGGCCGAGUAGAGAUGAAUAAUCUACUAUUGACAAUGGCUAUGGAGCUCGUUGAAGCAAGUGGAGGAAAAUAUUUGUUACUUCCAUCAGAUUCUGCAGGAUCUAAUACUGAUGCCCUGAAAAACAAGGAGGUAAGUUUGAGACAACAGGGAAAAGACAAGGUUAGAGGUAUUAUCUUAGACAUGUCUAAUAUGGAGGAGAAGCCCUUAGACAACCAAGCUUUUGUAAGUAUGAGUAGUCUACUCUACCUGAAAGUCUACUACUCCCUCUGUCCUACGCACUCUAAAGCGGGGUGCAAGUUGAACUUACCAGACGGAAUUUACUUCCCAAAAGAUAACAUCCUCAGAUGUCUUGACUGGAUGAGAUUCCCCGGGAAAGAACUUCCAUCAGACUUUGAGCCAAUGAAUCUUAUCGAUCUUAGGUUGCCUUACAGCAAGAUUAAGUGUGUGUGGGACUGUGCUAAGGUAGCACCGAAACUGAAGUGGGUCGAUCUAAGUCACUCCAGUGAGUUAACUUCCAUUUCAAGUCUAUCAGAUGUGCCAAAUCUUUUAAGAUUAAACCUGGAAGGCUGCACGAGUUUGAAGGAGUUACCUGAGGAGAUGAAAAAGAUGAAGAAACUUGUUUUCCUGAACCUAAGAGGAUGCACAAGUCUCUUGUCUCUGCCAAAGAUCACUCUGGAUUCCCUGAAGACUCUCAUUCUCAGUGGCUGCUCAAAGUUCCUGACAUUCCAAGUGAUUUCAGAAAGUCUAGAAACUCUGUACUUAAACGGCACUGCAAUAGAUGGACUUCCUCCAGCCAUUUGUAAUCUCCACAGACUCAACUUCUUGAAUUUGAAAGACUGUGUAAAUCUGGCUACUCUUCCUGAUUGUCUUGGGAAGCUGAAAUCUCUUCAAGAACUAAAACUCUCUCGUUGCUCAAAGCUUGAGGUCUUCCCCGAUGUUAAGGAGAUCAUGGAAAGCUUGCGGGUAUUACUGCUUGAUGGAACAUCAAUAACGGAGAUGCCAAGUAGUGUUAUCUACUUAUCCUCCCUGCGGCGUCUAUGCUUAAGCAGGAAUGACAAAAUAAGCAGCCUAAAAUUUGACAUGGGUCACAUGUACCAUCUGAAGUGGCUCGAGUUGAAGUAUUGUACUAAUCUCACAUCUCUUCCGAGACUUCCACCUAAUCUUCAGUGCUUAAAUGCACAUGGCUGCACUUCGCUAAGGACAGUCGCCAGUCCCCUAGACCUUCUGAUGUCGACCGAGCAGAUUCAUUACACCUUCAUUUUCACUAAUUGUCAUGAAAUGGAACAAGGCUCAAAGAAUGAUAUCAUAUCUUAUAUCCAAAAGAAAAGCGAGUUGAUGUCAGAUGAUCGAUAUAAUCAGGUAUUUUUCAUCAUUUUCUUUCUAUUAUCUAUCCCCAAACAUCCACAUUUUUAUGAAAACUUUUAUUUGCAGGAUUUUGUUUUCAAAGCCUUGAUCAGUACUUGCUUUCCUGGAUGUGACAUACCCGCAUGGUUCAACCACCAAGCAUUGGGAUCAAUCUUAAAGAUGGAGCUUCCUAAAGAUUGUAAUACAGGCAGAUUUGUCGGGGUAGCUCUAUCUGUUGUAGUCUCGUUUAAGGAGUACAAACAACAAAACAACAGUACUCUCCAAGUGAAAUGCACUUGUGAGUUCACUAACGCAUCCUUGAGCCCGGAAAGUUUCAUAGUUGGCGGUUGGUCGGAACCAGGGGAGGAGCCACAUAUGGUUGAGUCGGACCAUGUAUUCAUUGGCUACACCACAUGGUUCAAUAUCAAGAAACGUCAACAGCUUUCAUCAGCUAAUGAAAUUUUCCUUAGAUUUGAAGUGACAAAUGGUACAAGUGCGGUUGCAGAGUGCGAGGUGAUGAAGUCUGGCUUCUCUUUGGUUUAUGAGGUUGAAGUAGCUGAGCAUACAUCUUGGGAGGCAACUUCAAAGUUGGAGAAAAGAAUCUCUUAUAAAGAAGAUGGUUACCCAAGCGCUACUCCAACCAAAGCUGACUCUAAAAGGUUUGAUAGUAUCUUAAACAUAUUUAGAAAAGCACAAUGAUAUGGCCGAUAAAUAUCUUCGUAUUGGGAGCUCUGUUUGAAGAAGUUUGGGUUUCGAAUUCACAAACCAUCUCGGUUUUAAUAGCGUAUGAAUAACUAUGCCAGAGAUGAGGCUAUGGAGGUAAAGCAAGAGACUUUUCCACUGAGCCAUGUACUCGGCUGAUAACUUUUCCUUCCAAUGUGUAUUUAUGUUAAAUCAUUGCCGUGGUGAAAAAGUGUUCAAACAAUUGUUGUAUCUCUUCUUUUUCAGAAUCGAAUUCAAGAAGAUAUUAU